AUUAUUAUUGUUUAUUUGCAGGCGUUUAUUUAAUCACUUUUUGUUUUUGUUUUAUUUACAAUUUAUAAUUAUUGUCUAAUUGAGUUUAAUCUUUGAUUACACUUAUUCUUUUCUUGUUAUUGUCAAUGUCACAUUACCAUUUGGAUAUGGUUUUUACGCAAUUGUGUCACUUUAUGGAAUAGAAGAAGAAAAAAAAAUAAGUGAGAAAAACAAAUAUGAUUAAUUCACCAACAAUUAAUAAUAUGGACUCUCGAGAAUUGUCCAGUUUUCUGGUAACUAAACACUCUUGGAGAGGAAGUUACAAACGUAUACUAACGAUUGGUACCCAAGGUAUUACAACUUAUAAUCCAAGUAACAUGGAAGCCACAAAUGUCUGGUCUUUCUGUGAUAUUAUCAAUGUUAGUCCCAUUAAUGAUAAAACUCAAUAUCAAGAUGCAACCCUUAACAUUGGAGGCAAUGAGAUGUUUAAUUUAAUUGUCAUCACCAAGAAACGUAAAACAGAUACAAUGAAAUUUUCCUCUGAAUAUCGAGGUGAAAUAAUCUGUUCAGCUUUAGCUCAUCGAUCAAAAUUUUCCGAUAUGACACCAAGAAUUGCUAUACAUCGAUAUGAUUGUUUUAAAUUCUCUUGGUCUGAGAAAUUGGUUCCAGUUACCCUAGAAAUUGAUCUACAUGGUAUCAAUCAAAUACAUCCAACCACUGGCCGUAUACUUACCUCCUAUUUUUAUCGUGAUAUCGAUGAUUUAAUUUUAUUUUCUCAAAAUAUUGACAAUAAUCCAGCUUUUGCUAUCUCAACCAGUGGUUUCUCCCGUUUACAUCUAUUCACUUCUACACCAGGAAGUCGAGAUGAUCUUUUGAAGAAAAUAUGUGAAAUCUCUUGGCUUCACACUGGUUCACUUAUUCGUAUAAAAAAAGAUCCAAUAACCUUGGACCAUUUUCUAUUAAAUCGUUUUGGUAAACAUUCCACCGACGAUGCGAUUACAUCUUUAUACGAGUUUACUGUUCACAAGGUUACAGCUCGAAAUGCUAGAGAACCUGUUCGUCGUAUAUUAGCUCUUACCGAUUCCUGUUUAGUUGAACGUGAUCCCAAUUCUUACAGUAUUGUUACUCUUAAACCUCUACACGAGAUUUUUGCUCUCAUUCGUAAUCCAACAAAUCCUCAACUUUUUUUCAUUGAAUUUAUUCGUGGACAAGUUGCCGGUUACACGUCAACCGAUAGAGAUGCACUUUUAGCCUCUUUACUUGAUGGAGUGAGAGCCUCUGGUAAUAUUGAUAUCCAUGUAAAAAUGACACCAACCUGCAGGGGACACAGGAUAGGUCCUUAUUCAGUGCCUGUUGAUGAAGAAACGGAAAGCCGACAUUUAAAGUUUCUCCAUUCACCUCCAAGCGGUUGGUCUUUUAAUGAUGCAGUUAUCAGAUUCAACAGUAAUUGUGCUUACAGUGGUUUACUUCAUAGUGUCACCCAAGAUGGACUUUUUUCCGAAAACAAAGAGAAACUAAUCCAAUUAGCUUUAGGUGCUUUUUGUGAAAAAGAAACUGAACAAAAGGAUGUUAACCAUGAAAAUUUAGAGCAACAUUUUCAUGCUCUUCGACGAUUAGUUGCUUCGAAAGCAGGUUUCGCUGCGUUCACCCUAAGUCCAAGAUUCCGUGAGUAUCUUGGUGUCAAAGUUGUGAAUGCUUUGGAUAGGAAAAACGAUGCCGUCACUCAUGCAGCUAUUGAUAUACUUUGUGCUCUAAUGCAGCCUAUGCAUGAUGAUUACGAUUUACGACAAGAACAGUUGAACAAAAGUUCUCUUCUCUCAUCGAAAAAGUUUCUCGAAGAUAUUUUAAAUGUUCUAAAAUACCAUGUUAACUGUGGAACGGGAGCCUUAGUUGUUGCUACGAUGUUGGACUUUUUAACUUUCGCCUUAUGUGCACCUUAUAGUGAAACUACCGAUGGAGGUCAUUUUGAUACUCUAUUAACUAUGGUUGCCUCUUAUGGGCGACCUUUAUUCAAAUUAUUUCAACAUCCGUCUCUAGCAAUUGUCAAAGGAGCUGGUCUUGUGAUGAAAGCCAUAAUUGAAGAGGGUGACGCUAAAAUCGCCCAUCAAAUGCAAGAAUUGGCUUUAGCUGAAGGUUCACUUCCUAGACAUUUACAUAUUGCUCUGUUCCCUCCUUCUAACGAUUCCCGAUAUCUCGCUUUUCAACAACUUUCUCGUCAUUUGGUUGCCUUGUGGAUUGUUGAUAAUGAAAUUGCAAUGGACCUUUUACGUCGAAUUUUUCCCCUUGGAUUGUUAAAUUAUCUCGAAAGUACAAGUAAACCACCACGAAACGCCUUGGCCAAGCUCAAUGAGCGAAAUAAUUUAAAAAUAGCUUUAGACAGUGCUCAAAAAUCUCGGACUAUUUCGGACCAAAUUCGUGAUAUUCAUCCUUCAGUUCGAGUUAUUGAAAGGCAAGUUGAAACUGCUUUAAAACAUUGGAGGGAGAGAAUUGGAAUUCCAAAAAGAACCGACAAUCGUCCUCAAGUUAAACCCGUUUUACUACGAAAACGAAGGGAACGUAUUAAAAGUACUGCCAAUUGGCCAAUGUUUUAUUUCCAAUUUGAAAACGAUCACGCAAAACCAGAUCUCAUCUGGAAUUAUAAAACUCGUGAAGAACUUAAAGAAUCAUUGGACAAUGAGAAUCGAGCUUUUAAUCAGAACAAGGAAUUAAUUUCUAAUACUGUUGCUAUUUCAUGGAAUCAUCGGGAAUUUGAGGUUGGAUAUACUUCUUUAGGAGAUGAAAUUAGAAUCGGUGAUUACUAUCUUCGCCUAUUGUUGGAAGAAGGUGAAAAAGGUCAAUCAUUGAUGUUAAGUGAUAAAUUACUGGUUAAAAAGCCUUAUGAAUUUUUCAACGAUCUAUAUCAUCGUUUCUUAUUACCAACUAAAGCAUCAAUGAAAAUCUGCUGCCUUCAGGCAAUGUCAAUAAUUUACGAUGCUUAUCAUGCUGAUAUUGGUCCAUUCAAUGAUGUCAAAUGGAUUAUCGCAAUGUUGGAAAAUUCAGUUGACCGUAUUGAACGUGAUCGUCUUCUCAUCUUUGUAUCAAAAUUAGCACUUAAUCAAGAAAAUGUGAAACAUUUAAUUGAUGCUGGUGGUGUUAAAGUUUUAGUUGAUUUAUUAACACUUGCCCAUCUUCAUGUUAAUCGAGCAAUGGUCAAUGCUCAAACCAACCUUAUUGAGGGAACAGCGGAAAUGAUGUCGUCUCAUGAAUCAUGGCAAGAAUGGUAUUACAUGGUGGAUAAGGAUAAGAAAGGACCCUUCAGUUUUAAAGAGAUGAAAGAAUUUGCCAAAAUUGAUCUAAUAAGCGAAUCAACUAAAUGUUGGGCUGUUGGUAUUGAAGGAUGGAAAAAGUUAUCUGAUAUACCACAAUUAAAAUGGUAUCUUCUUUAUCCUAAUCCAGGAAUUAUGAAUGAAACCGAAAUGGCAACACUUAUAUUAGAUAUUUUUAUUCACAUUUGUGAAUAUUAUCCAAGUCGAGAUGGUGAAGGUGCAAUUAUCCGACCAUUACCACGAAUUAAACGUUUCCUCUCUGAAGAUUCUUGCCUUCGUCAUAUUGUUCAACUUUUAUUAACCUUUGACUCUGUUCUGGUGGCGAGAGUGGCGAUCCUUUUGACCCAUGUCAUGCAAGACAAUCCUUUAAUGUCUCGUCUCUAUUUAACUGGUCUCUUCUAUUUCAUUCUAAUGUACACUGGGUCAAAUCUUUUACCGAUUGGUCGUUUACUUCACAUUAGUCAUUCUAACCAAGCCUUUAGAUCUGAAGAACCAGGUCGUAAAAGUAACAUUGUCCAGCGAAGUAUUUUAGGUUCGUUACUUCCCGAAGCGAUGAUCUGUUACCUUGAAAACUAUGGACCUGAGCGAUUUGCUCAAAUUUUCCUGGGUGAAUUUGAUACUCCAGAGGCCAUUUGGAAUGGUGAAAUGAGACGUUUAAUGAUUGAAAAGAUUGCUACUCACAUUGCCGAUUUCACUCCUCGAUUACGAUCAAAUACCCGCGCUUUGUAUCAAUACUGUCCCAUCCCAACAAUUCAAUAUCCACAAUUGGAGACCGAAUUAUUCUGCAAUAUUUAUUACCUUAAAAAUCUCUGUGAUGCAAUUCGAUUCCCUAAUUGGCCAAUCAAAAAUCCAGUUGAUCUAUUAAAAGAUAUUCUAGAAGCCUGGAAAGAAGAAGUAGAGAAAAAGCCAAACUCAAUGUCGGCGGAUGAUGCUUAUGAUGUUCUAGAGUUAGGACCAGAAGCACGUGAAGGUGGACUAGAGGAAAAUGCAAUUCGUCGGGCUUACUUUAAAUUAGCUCAAAAAUAUCAUCCAGAUAAAAAUCCUGAAGGUCGAGAUAAAUUUGAAGAGAUAAACAAAGCUUACGAAUUUCUGGUCAGUAAAAAUUUACGCAAUAGAAGCCUUGAAGGUCCAGAUCCAGUUAAUAUUACUCUUAUUCUUCGAGCACAAAGUAUUUUAUUCAAUCAAUGUUCCGAUGAACUUCAUCCAUACAAAUAUUCAGGAUAUCCAAUGUUGGUAAAAACUCUUCGAAUGGAAACCGAAGAUGAACAAUUAUUUUCUAAACCUCAUCCUUUAUUACCUCAUGCAUGUGAGACCGCAUUCCAUACAGUUAAAUGUUCUGCUCUUAAUGCUGAAGAAUUACGACGAGAAGGUGGCCUGGAGAUUCUUAAAGAAGCAUUUUCUCGAUGUGUUUCAGUUUUAUCUCAAUCAUCUGUUCCCGCUGAUGUCGCGGUUCAGGUUAGCAUUCACAUUGUCCGAUGUUUCACCGUUGCCGCUUCAUUUUCCGCUUGCCGUUCACGAAUUGUUGAACUUUCUUCAAUCUCCAAAGAUAUUGGACGAAUAUUAUAUUAUAAUCGUCUAACCAAAUUGUGUCUUUGUGCCGUUGAAUGUAUUUCCGCUUUCGCUGCAGAUGAUAUUCUUCAACAACAGUUAUUCGAUUCGGGUGUACUUUUCUCUCUUCUCUUGUUUCUCUUUAAAUAUGAUUACACCCUGGAAGAAGGUGGUGUCGAGGCAGAUGAAGAAACAAAUCAACAACAAGUUGCCAAUCAAUUGGCCAAAAUGUCCAUAAUUGCCUGUGCUCGAUUAGCUGGUGAUUUAACUGAUGAAGAAAUUGCCUCUGGAUCUCGAUCCAAUCCAACAAUUGGUAAUUGUCUUCAGGCUCUUUUAACACCCUACCUUUCCCGACAAUUGGGAAUCUCCAACGUGGCCCAAUUGUUGAAAACAUUAAAUUCCAAUAUUGAUAAUCCUUACCUGAUCUGGAAUAAUGCAACAAGAGCUGAAUUAAUUGAUUACCUUGAAACUCAACAGCGAGAAAUUAUAAGAAGUGGUAAAUGUCCUGAUGAAACUUGGGGUGCAAGUUUCACCUUUUCUAGUCACAAGGAUGAGCUAAUUGUUGGUGAAAUAUUUGUUAGAGUUUACAAUGAUAUGCCCUCCUUUCCUCUUACCAAUGCCAAAGAAUUUACAAUUAGUUUAUUGGAUUAUGUUGGAACUCAAGCUCAAUAUUUACAUUCAGCUUUGGCCACUCAAACUCAAUUAAAUCCUGAACGAAUCAAAAAUGUUGAAAUGUGUCUACUUGCUCUAUUCAACGUGAUUAAAUACAAUGCUGGUGUUGAAAUUAAUUGCAUUGGUCACUUUAAAUUAUUGUUUAGUCUUCUACGUGCAGAUCAAAUGCCACAAAUACAAUUAACCGUUGUCAAUGUGAUCGCUUGUGUCAGUGGCAAUCAAGAUUGUGUCAAUGACAUUGCAUCAUCGGAAGUUUUAGUUUACCUCUUACUUGUUUUACAUACACCACCUUCAGCUGAUGCCAUUGCACGACAAACAACCGUAUUGGAAACUAUGUUACCCUUAAUGACCAACAGUAAAUUGGUUAAAGAGUCGAUGGUUAAAGGGGGUGUCCUUUAUUUAUUGGACAUCUUUUGUAAUUCGGGAAAUCACAAGCUUCGUGAGAAAAGUGCUGAACUUUUAGCCAAAAUGACCACCGACAAGUUAAAUGGACCAAGAAUACGUUUAAUUUUAUGUAAAUUCCUGCCUGUCUCAUUUAUUGAAUCAAUGAAAGAAUCACCUCAAGAAGCAGUUAAUCUGUUUGAUCGUAACCAAGAAAAUCCUGAACUUAUUUGGGCCGAUGAAGCUCGAACCAAAGUAUCAACAAUCAUCCGAACAAUGUCUCAAACUUUAUAUUCAAGUCAAUUGGAAAAUCCAGCAACUAAUUGGAGACUUGAUGAUGAUUUUGAAAUUAAAAUCCCAGUGGCAGCCGAUGAGAUGGUUGUGGCUGGUGUUUUCUUAAGACUUUUCGUUCUUAAUCCAUCAUGGACACCACAACGUCUUAAACAAUUUUUAACUGAACUAAUGGACACUGUGCAAUCCCUCAUGUCCAAAUCUGAAAUUGAUGAACCAAAAUUAGAACUUUCAACCAAAGCUCUUGUUAGCUUAUUACAGGCUCGACCUCCACUUCUCGAUAUGAUUCCACCCAUGGGAUAUAUUAAAGGACUGAUCGAUCAACUUUCCAAUAACAAACAUUCAAUGAUACCUCAAUCAUCGUUAUCAGUUCUUCAUCAAUUAUCCUACAACAAACCUUGUGUUGACUCUAUGAUCCAAUAUGACAAUAUACUCGGUCAAAUGAUUAAAGCCAUUUCUUGUGAUACAACUAUGGCAACUUUAGGCUGUCAAACUUUAAAUAAUAUGUUUGUCGCUGAUACCAACGAUAAAUUGGUUCCAAUUGCACUGCAAGUAAAACUGGUUACUUUCCUGUUGAAACUUCUUGACUCUGGUCAAUCAACAUACGAUUCAAGCACAAAAGCAAUUAUAGUUCAAUUAUUAAAAUCAAUGUCUCAAAGUCAAUCAUAUGGACAACAAGUUGUUACCAUUCUCGAUAAAAAUCCUGUUUGGUCCGAGUUCCGUGAUCAAAAACAUGAUCUAUUCAUCACCAAUUCUCAUAUUUCUGGUUACUUAACUGGUAACACUAAUGUCGCCGGAUAUUUAACUCAAGGAGGAUCACUUCACAUGGCAUCAACACCACCCCCAAUGAAUGAAUAUUGAUGAUAUCGAGUGAGACAGAAAGAGGAAAACCCGAAGAAUCAAAAUUUAGGAUAAAUUCAAAAUUAUUAUCACUAUUGGAGAAACAAAAUAAACGAGAUGAAGAAACAAAAAAAAGUGAUUAGAUUUAAUAAUAAUGAUAAAUAAACGAAACUAUUUUAUGUUUAAAACAAUCAAACCAUAUGAUAAAUUGAUCGAGCAAAAAUUAUGAAAAAAAAGUCGAGUUAAACUUGGAUUAACUUUAUCCUUAAUCCUAAUGAAUCGGAGAAGCUCAACAAUUCAAUACAUUUGGUGUCAUCUUGAUUCUAUUAAAUGAUUAUCUUAAUCAUGA